AUGGCAAGAAAAAAAUCAAAUAAGUUAACAGAACAUCACAAGAAUAAUAUUAAUAAUAACAACUCUAAAAAAAAGAUACUAGGAUAUAAAAUACAAAAAGAUGAGAAAAACAAAUUUGAUAUUCCGGAAGAUAUUUUCAAGCAGAAUGUUAAAGAAACUUUACAAAAUGUAACAAAAGGACAAAUUAAAGAAAUUGAAGAUUUAGCUGUUGAUAUUCUUCAUUCAGCUACCAAAAAGUAUAUGAUAAAAAAAUUAGAAAUUUUUAAAAAAGCUAGUGAUUUUAGAGGUAGUGAAGUUUUAAAAGAAAAAGACAUUAAAUUGAUUGAUGAAAUUUUAAAAAUAAAUAAAAAGGAUAUCUUUGAAUCUAUUUGA